AAAAAAAAAUCUAUGACAUUAAAAGGAGGGAAAAUAGUAUUCUUGGCGUUUUGUGAUAAAAACACAUUUUUUUUUUUUAAUCUUCAAAGUAAAUUAUUUAAUUUGUUGUGUCGCAUUAGUGUGUAAAAAAUGUCAAAACAAACAACUUUGUUUAAUUAUUUUCAAUCACCAAAAGGUGUCAAACCGUCUAAUGAUAAAUCACCGGCACCAAAGCCUAAGGAGAAACAAACACCAAAAAGAGAACAAAGAGAAAAAGGUCAAUCAAAACUUGGUUUAACUAAGGAGAAAGAAAAUCAAUUGAAAUCAAAAAACGAAUUAAAACCUGAAACACCAAAACGAAAGAAACAAGUUUUAAAAGAUAAAAAAGGUACUCCACAAAGAAAAAGAUCUGUCGAUGAUUUUGAAGAUGAUAGUGAAGAAGUGAGUCCCGUGAAACCAAAAAGGCGAAGAUUAAUAAUUCCAGAUGACGAUAGCGAUUCUGGUGACGAUUUUAAACCAGAUUCUGUUGAUGAAGAUUCAGAUUCUGGAUCGGAUGGUGUUUCGGAAGAUGAACCGGAAACACCAAGUGAAGAUGAAACUCCUCAAAAAAAGAGAAAAGCCAACAAUGGUACACCACGAGCACAAAAAACUAAUUCACGAGCUAAAAAAGCUGUUGAAAAGACACCAAGCACAUCUCAGUCUUCACAAGAAUCAAAAACAUUUAAAGAUCCGGAUUCUUGGCCUCAUUUAAAAUACGACUUUGUACAACCGAAUAAAAUACGAGACUUGGAAUUGAGGAAAAAAGAUCAUGAAAAUUAUGAUCCAAGAACAAUUCACGUGCCAAAUGAUUUUCUUAACAAUCAAACUCCGGCAAUGAGACAAUGGUGGCAACUAAAGAGUAAAAACUAUGAUUGUGUUUUGUUCUUUAAAGUGGGAAAAUUCUAUGAAUUAUAUCAUAUGGAUGCUGUUCUAGGAGUCAAUGAAUUGAAUUUAUCCUACAUGCGUGGAGAAUUUGCACAUUCGGGUUUUCCUGAAAUUGCAUAUGGACGUUUCUCAGCUAGUUUAAUUGAGAAGGGCUAUAAAGUUGCAAGAGUCGAGCAAACUGAGAAUCCCGAAAUGAUGAAUAAGCGCGUUGCUAAAAUGAGUAAAUCAACGAAAUUCGACAAAGUAGUUAAACGUGAAAUUUGUCAAAUUUCAUCGAAAGGCACUAGAGUCUAUACAGCUCAAGACGGUGAAAUAAAUGCACCAUCAUCAAAAUAUUUAUUGUCUCUAACGGAAAAACAAUUUCACGAGGAUAAAACACCUUCUUACGGUAUUUGUUUUCUUGAUACAACAAUUGGCGAUUUUUAUCUAGGACAAUUCAAUGAUGAUCGUUGUAAUUCACGACUAUUAACACUUCUUGCUCAUUAUCCUCCAGUUCACAUUAUUUAUGAACGUGGUAAUUUGUCGCAAAACACAUUGAAAAUAUUAAAUGGUAUGUUACCAUCAGCGAUUAAGGAACCUUUACAAAAAGAAGUACAAUUUUGGUCAGCUCCAAAAACAUUAAAAUAUUUACAUGAACAAGAGUAUUUUCAAAAUAAAGAUUCCAAAUUUGAAUGGCCUAAGGAAUUGAAACUUUAUCUCAAUCCAGGCGAUAGUUUGGGAUUAACUCCCGCGGAAGAUAAAGAAUUAGCUGUUAAUGCACUUGGUGGAUGUGUGUAUUUAUUGACACAAUAUUUUUUGGAUCAACAAUUAUUGGCACAAGGACGAUUUAAAUCGUAUAUUCCACCAGAUUUUGCAAUUGAUGGAACAAAAUUCGCUAGCAGUAUGGUUCUGGAUGCAAUUACAAUUAAUAAUUUAAAAAUUUUGAAUGGUGAAGGUUCACUUUUGAAAACACUUGAUCGAUGUUGUACAGCGUUUGGUAAAAGACUGCUUCGCGAGUGGAUUUGUCGACCUUCUUGUCGAAAGGUCGUUAUCAUACAGCGGCAAGAAGCAGUUACUGAGCUAAUGGAGCGAAUAGACGAAGUGCGAAGCGCACGUUCCAUGAUGAGCGUUCUUCCUGAUCUCGAGAGACUUUUGAGCAAAAUUCACGCUCAAGGAAAUCAUGCAAAAAUGUAUAAUCAUCCUGAUGGAAGGGCUAUUAUGUUUGAAGGUCCUACAUAUACAAAGAGAAAAAUUGUUGAUUUUAUAACAGUUCUUGAAGGAUUUGAACAAAUUUUGAAAAUCAUUCAAUUUUUCGAUGAAUUCAGUAGCGUUCUAAUUAAACACUGUACGCUCGUUGAGCCCGAAGGUGAUUUUCCCGACUUGACGGAAACUCUCGAGUACUUUAAGACGGCUUUUAAUCAUGAAGAAGCUAAGAAAAUUGGUUCAAUUGUACCAAAAAAAGGCGUCGAUACAGAAUACGAUGCAGUAUUGGAUGAAAUUGCCGAAAUUGAAAAGGACAGUGCCAAAUAUUUGGAGAAGCAGAGAAAAUUUUUUGGAGUUAAAGUAACAUUUGUUGGAAGUGAUAAAAAACGUUAUCAAUUGGAAAUUCCCGAUUCACAAGUGAAAAAAGUCGAUUCCAGUUAUGAACUUCAAUCACAACGAAAGGGAUUUAGAAGAUAUUAUAAUGAAUAUACAAGGGAACUUUUGUCGCGACAAAUCAACGCUGAAGAGAAUAGAGAUAAAGUAUUGAAAGAUUUAAAUCGACGACUAUUUGCAAAAUUCAGCGAAAAUUAUGAAAUGUGGAAUUUGGCUGUUUAUAAAUUGUCAACUCUCGAUGUACUCAUGUCAUUGGCUGAAUAUUCAGCAUCUGAAGAUACAUGUAUUCCUACUAUUUUUGAUGACUCGGAUGAAAAGACAAUCAUUGAAAUAAUUGAGGGUAAACAUCCGUGUAUUGUGUCCGAUAAUUUUAUACCCAAUGAUACAUUGUUGGGAACAAAUGACAUUAAACCAUUGUUGAUUCUCACUGGACCAAAUAUGGGAGGAAAAUCGACUCUCAUGAGACAAGUUGGCUUACUGGUUAUAAUGGCACAAAUAGGAUGUCAAGUGCCAGCAAGUAGUUGUUCAAUAACGUUGAUUGAUCGUAUUUUCACGAGAUUGGGAGCAAAUGAUGAUAUUAUGGCUGGUCAAAGUACAUUCCUGGUUGAAUUAAGUGAAACAUCUGCAAUUCUUCAACACGCUACACCAUAUUCUUUAGUUUUACUUGACGAAUUGGGAAGAGGAACAUCAACAUAUGAUGGAACGGCAAUAGCAGCUGCAGUAGUCGAUGCACUUACAAAAAUGAAAUGUCGUACGUUCUUUUCGACUCAUUAUCAUUCACUCGUCGAGGAUUACAAGACAAACGAGAAUGUCACAUUGGCUCAUAUGGCUUGCAUGGUAGAAUCCGAAGAAGAGGACGUUUCACAAGAAACUGUUACAUUCCUUUACAAGUUAAGUGAAGGAGCAUGUCCUAAAUCGUAUGGUUUCAAUGCUGCUCGUCUUGCUGGCGUUCCUUCUUAUAUUACGCAAAAGGCACAUGAAGUAGCUAAACAGUUGGAACGGGAAACCAAUUUAAGGCACAUUUUUGCCUCCAUAUGUAAACUUAAUGAUGAAUCCAAUAUCAGAUCAAUGAUUGAGGCCAUUUAAGAAGGUAAAAAAAAAAAGAAAUUACCUCAAUGAAUAUUUUUCAGUAUUAAUUUUGUUUAAAACCUUUUUUAUUACAAGAUUUGUCUCGUUUUGUUUAAUAAUUAUUUUUAAUAUGAUUCUAUAGUUACCCGUAAAUAAAUGUACUAAGUGCGACGUUAAACGUUUUAAGGAGAAAAUGAAUCUCGUGUAUUUUUUUACAUUUCUCAUUGAAUAAAUACUUUUUUCAUAA